AUUUUUCUUUGCAGAGCAUUGGGUUUGUCGUUUCCCCUGAACAUAGAACUUGUUUAACCCUGCCACCAAAGUGGUGAGGUAGUGGGAGAGUGCAGCGUUUUGGUAUCCAUCGUUUCAGAGCGCAAACUGGAAAGAAAAUGGUGUAUGGAGCAUUGUGCGCCCACGCACACAAAUUCCCACUCGCUUACCGUGCCCUUAACCUCAACCUCUGUCGUCAACAUGCCACGCGCCUUCACUUUCACACUCGCUCUUUGCUCCUCUCUCACCCUUUCAACUUCAAUCACACCGCCACCCCCUUCAAACCCUCCCUCCUCCGCAUCCGCAAUUCCCGCCUCUUUUCCCUCUCCGACGGAGGCUCAGGUGGAAACGGCGCUCGUGGCAGCGGUGGCUCCAACGGUCCGAAUUCCGGUGGCUCUGGCGGUUCGAAUUCCGGCGGCGGCAAUGAAGGACAUAAGUGGUCCUUGUUAUCAUGGUACUUGGCUCUUCUUGAAAAAUACCCUGUUGCGGUGAAAGCUCUGACUUCUGCACUUUUGAAUCUAACUGGUGAUUUGAUUUGCCAGCUUGCAAUAGAUCAAGUGCAGUCACUGGACUUGAAGAGGACAUUUGUCUUCACUUUUCUCGGUUUUACUUUAGUGGGUCCAACAUUACAUUUUUGGUAUUUGUAUCUGAGUAAAUUGGUUACACUUCCUGGAGCAUCAGGUGCAUUUUUGCGGCUUGUACUUGAUCAGUUCUUAUUUUCUCCCAUAUUCAUUGGAGUUUUCUUAGCUACAUUGGUGACACUUGAGGGAAAUCCAUCACAAGCUGUACCAAAGCUAAAACAGGAGUGGUUCUCUGCAGUUCAAGCUAACUGGAAACUAUGGAUACCUUUUCAAUUUCUCAACUUCAGAUUUGUUCCACAACAAUUUCAGGUCCUUGCUGCUAAUGUUAUUGCUUUGGCUUGGAAUGUCAUUCUCUCAUUUAAGGCACACAAAGAGGUUCUUCCAAAAUAGGUGAUGUACAUCAAGAUCCUAUUAUCAUGGACAUAUAAUGCUGACACUGUACUUUCAAUCUAUUUAUUUUACAGCUUGGUAAGGAGUGCACAAUGCUGUUGUAACUGCAUGAUAGUUGACAAUAUUAAUCAGUUUAUGUCCGUUGAUAGUAUGAACUUGAAAGGAAGCUGCAUGAGAUAUAUGUUAGUUUUUAAAUGUUUUGGUAAUUUACAUGAACAUGAAGACUUGCACUUGUAUCUCUUGGAAAUUUUGUUUGGUCAUACAGGAGCUUCUUGUUGUUUGGCUUGACUGUAAUUUUUAUAACUAUGUUUUGGUCUAUGCUAAAUAUUGAUUGCUUAUUGAUUC